AUGCCAGUAUCAUUUUACAAAAUGAAAUUAGUUCCUCCUAAUUUGUUUGCAAACAGUAAGGUACCAAAAAUGGACAGUGAUGCUGAAGCAGAAGAUGUCAUUGAUAAAUCGGAAAAGCAAGAAAAUUUAAACAUAGAUUUGAAACGACAGAAAAAUCUUGAAGAUAAUCGUAAAUUUCUAGAAAGCUUAAAAUUACCAUCGCUUCAAAAAGAUUUAAAAAAUUUAACAACAUUUGUUCAUGAAAAGAAAUCACAAAAGAAGCUUUCUCGAAAAUCCCAUGGAUCUGUUGAAACACAAACUCCGCGUCGUAGUUCUCGCAUUAAAUCACAACCAAAACCGGAUUACGGUGGAAAAGAUGAAGAUAACAGUUAUUCAUCAUCUAGUGGUAAUGAUGAAUCUUAUUCUUCCAGUUCACGGUCUUCAGGUAAUGAAAAAAAAGAUCGAUAUGAUUCAAGUAAAGCAAUGAUGACUAAUAAUGACGAAUUUAGUUGGAUGCCAUAUGCUCAUAAGAGAAAAAAACAAUACCAGUUGCACACAGUCUUUGAUGAUAAUGAUAAAAUGAAUCAGAAACCUCGAGAAAAAGAAAUUGUUGUGCGACCAAAAACAAGUGUAAAGAUAUUUACACCGAAUAUUGGUGCUAGAGCAGCACAAGUUGAUAAUAAAAAUACAAAGAAAUCAGCAAGAAAUAAUGGAAAAAUACCCAAACAAAAUUUUCUGGCCAUAUCAUCGUCGUCAGAUGAUGAGUAG